AUGGCUUCAGUCGCCGCUGGGCUUUUCAGUUCUCUGCCUAAGCCGAAAUAUACUGGUGAACAUGAAGAACUUCCAGCACAUACUCAACAGAAAGGACCUAGAAUUGUCGGACCAGGAGUGUUAAAUGAAUCGCAGAUUGUUCUCAAGAGGUCCGGCCCACCACCCUAUGGCAAACGAUCAGGAUGGCGACCACGAUCAGCAGAAGAUUUGGGCGAUGGAGGUGCCUUUCCAGAAAUCCCAGUUGCUCAAUACCCACUCGAUAUGGGUCGAAAGGGCACCGCCUCCACGUCGAAUGCCCUGGCUGUCCAAGUCGAUGCGGAAGGAAAAGUGAAAUACGACGCCAUCGCUCGGCAGGGUCAUAGUGAGAACAGGAUCAUACACUCCAGCUUCAAGGACUUGAUACCACUACGGCAAAGAGCUGAUAUGGGGGAUCUUUCGCUUGAAAGACCAAGCCAAGAAGACGUCGCGGCAGCUACGGAAAAGACGAGAGCAGCGCUUGAGAAACUGGUCAGUGGAGCAGUUGCAGCACAAAAGCCGAAGAAUGUCAAGGGCCUGAAUAGAGCAGAACCCACAUACGUCCGGUAUACCCCUGCAAACCAGAUGGGCGACACGAGCCGGAAGAAUGACCGUAUCAUGAAGAUUGUGGAAAGGCAACAAGAUCCAAUGGAGCCACCAAAGUUCAAACACAAGAAGAUCCCCCGAGGACCACCCAGUCCUCCACCGCCUGUCAUGCAUUCUCCGCCGAGAAAACUUACAGCAGAAGACCAAGAGGCAUGGAAGAUACCUCCGCCUGUUUCGAAUUGGAAGAAUCCAAAGGGUUAUACGGUACCCCUCGACAAGCGUUUAGCAGCAGACGGAAGGAGUUUACAAGAUGUCACGAUCAACGACAAGUUCGCUCAAUUCGCCGAAUCACUCUUCACAGCAGACCGGCAUGCCAGAGAGGAAGUCAAGCAAAGAGCACAGAUGCAGCAGAAGCUGGCGGAGAAGGAGAAAUUGCAGAAGGAGGAGCAUCUACGAAUGCUAGCCCAAAAAGCGAGGGAGGAGAGAUCAGUGGCGUCAGGAUCAAGGAGGGAAUCAAGGGCACGAUCAUAUUCCGGUUCAUCCUAUUCCUCGCGGUCAGACAGCGGCAGCGACGGCGAGGCUGCAAGGGAAAGGAUGCGAGCUCGACAGGAACGACGACAAGAAAAUGAGAGGCAGCUGCGCCAGUCGAGGAUGGGAACAGAAAGGCGGAUACAGAUGAUGGCACGGGAACAAAACCGCGAUAUCUCAGAAAAGGUGGCCUUGGGUCUGGCGAAACCAACGCCGAGUAAAGAGACCAUGUACGAUUCUCGACUUUUUAAUCAAACCUCUGGGUUCGACUCCGGUUUCAACGAAGACCAACACUACGACAAACCACUCUUCGCCGCACAAGACGCGAUCAGCAGUAUCUAUCGACCAAAAGCACAACAAGAUGAUGAUGUUGAAGAUGAAGGCGCAGCAGAUGCAACGAUGGGGAAAAUUCAGAAGAGUAACCGGUUUGAGGUUCUGGGGAAAGCUAAAGAAGGGUUCAGAGGUGCAGCGGAUGCGGAUGAGAGGGAAGGGCCGGUGCAAUUUGAGAAGGACAAGGACGACCCUUUUGGUAUUGACAACCUGAUUGGGGAGGUUACGGGGAAGGCUGUCGGUGGAAGUGGUGAGAAGGGGGGGAAGAAGAGGUUUGGACUCGAGGAGGCGGAAGAUAGAGAGAAAGGAAACAAGAGGGCAAGGAUGGAGGAUGAUGGGAUAAGGUGA